CAAAGACGGAGGUGUGUUUCGUAGUUGCUUAGGUGGCUUUGAGAACGCGGCAAACGUAAAUGACAGGCUUUGUCUCUUGACUUGAGUAGACUACAAGCUAUCUGCGCAAUGGAUGAUGCCGAGUUGGACAUCGACGCCCUCGAUGAACUUCUAGGACAAGAGCUUAUGGAUGCGGGCGAAGAUCAAGGUCCCUCAAAGACGAUAAGCGACCAGGAUACUUCCGCUCGAAAAGGCGAAGAUGGACCAUCCUCUACUGCGGCCAUCGAAAAGCAGCUACGAGAAAUGCAAGAAAAGAUGGAGAUGCUUCGUCGGCAGCUCGAAGCCCAGAAAUCGUCUCAGCCUUCCAAACCAAAAGACGAUUCUGUGAGCAAGCCCAGUGGUAGCGGAAGCAGCUCAUUACCCACGCGAAAGCCACUGAAACUCGUGGAGGAAGAUAUAUUCGGCGCGGCUAAAGAUAAUGGUAGGAACGGGGAAACUUCUUUGGAGAAGAGUGUCGUACAUUCCGGCGACACCGACUCAUCAGACGACGAGAAACGUUACCCGACCGAGGUAGGGCUGAGCAAAAUGGGCAAAAGCAUCAAGAGAAACCUCGAAGAACGAAAAUCGUCCGGCUUUUCGUCACGGCCACCUGCUGACACGUGGAAAGACAAUAAGCGCAAAGCCACGCUUCUCCCAGAUGGCCUUGAUGGAAACGGAGUGAGAGACCCCUACUCUGGCAUACGUAUCAUACGACCUCUGGUGGAAUCGACGGUCAUGGAAGCUCGGAUGACUGGAAGAAAAAUGGUCAAGAUGUCCAUGGUGCCCAGUUUUGUUCAGCAGAAAAAGAUAGAGGUCGACUGGGUUACAAUGGGUGUGCUAGUCAACAAAUCACCACCAAAGACAUCCAAAAACGGAAAGCCAUUCUCCAUAUGGAAGUUGACGGAUCUGCAAGACUGUGAAAACCUUGUGUGCAUUUUCCUCUUUGGCGAUGUGCAUGAGAAACACUGGAAGACAUCAAUUGGCUCUGUAGUUGGUUUUCUAAACCCAUCAGUCAUGCCAAAUAAGGAUAGUUUUAGCAGUCGAAAAGAAGUGUGCCUCAGUAUAGACCACCCUGGCAAAGUGAUGCUAAUGGGAACAUCCAAGGAUUUUGGAACAUGCAAAGGCAAAACCAGAGAUAAUCAACCCUGCACAAAUGUAGUCAACCUGUCAACUUGCCCAUACUGCGUGUACCACAUCAAAGCUGAGUACCGUAAAAUGAGUUCCAAGCGAACUGACCUCCAGGCAUCGUAUUCUGGAGUUACACCAAGCGGACUGAAGCAGAAAGUCCUCAAGAACAGCCAGGUCAUCUACGGAGGCCAAAUGUUCAUGAAUCCCACGCGAGAGGCAACAAAGACGCUUCGAACGAAAGACAAACUCAUCUUAAGCAAUCUCAAGGUUGCCAAACAAGCGGAGGAGCUCGAGAAGUCGUCGCGGCACGCCGCAGCAGAAGCCAUCAAGUUGAGGCACCUCUCCUCGUCAGAGAACCAGGCCAUCAACACAGUUGCAUCCAAGUCAGACUUUCUGGGAAAAGCGCUGUGCACUCCCAGCGCUGGCUCUCGUAACUUCCUUCGCCAUGUGGUGCACGAGACAAACUCGACAUCCGCAGCGUCCUCAAAAAAGGAGAUGGUAUCUAUCACUGCAAAGGACCUUCUCAAGAUGCACAAUGGCACCAUGAAGUCACUUGUAGGUGCAUCUCGUGACUCAAAGAGGACUGCUUCAACGUUGCAAGCUAAGGGUUUGAGUGCUAGCAGCCCAAUUGGCUCUGUUUCAAUGCCAUUGCCGAGGCUAACUGCAUUGACUCCUUCUGAAAUCGCUAAGCUGAGAGCAGCAAAGAAACUGAGUGCUCCUCUUGUGCGACAGGACCCUAAUGCGGUGAAGAAGGACACCACAUCCUCCGAAGUGCAAGCUAAGAUACAAAGGAAGCUUGAAGAACCCGCCACAUCGAGCAAGGACGCCCGAGGUGAUGAGUCAGUAGAAAUGCCAGCAGCCAAAAGAAGCCGUCUGGGGCCAGCAUUGACGAAAGAAGAAAUGGAGAAGCUACUUCGUCAGAAGUCAUCUCACGCUCACCAAGUGGAUGACAUUGAGCAGGAACAAGAGGAGCAGUACUUCAGUGUACUCGAGAAGAAGGAGCAGCUUGAAGAGAAGAUGCUGUCUGUCACAGAAAUACAGUGCGAUGUGGUGUCCUGCAGAAAGUGCAACUACACCGCUCAGCAGGCGUCCGACUUGUGCAAGAAGGAAAACCACGUCCUGAAGCACCACAAGGCCAUGAAGCGUUUCUUCCGCUGCAAGGACUGCAGUCAUCGCACAGUCACCUUUGCCAGGGUUCCAGGCCACAGCUGCAGAAAAUGCAAUGGCUCCAAUUAUGAACGAACAUCCAUGGGAAAGCCAAAGCCUGGCCCCAUGCUCGACAGCGAAAAAUUAUUGAUUCGAGGGGAGGAGAUCAAGUUCCUGAACAAGUGAUCACGUUGACAUUUCCUAUUAUAAGUUCUUUUGCCAUCCACACGGUAGUUUUGUUCACGCCAUCACGUGCCAUCUUGUUUCCGCGGCCAUUGUAUCACGUCCUUUACAACGUCUGUUGUACAAUGUCUUGUACAUCUUGUUUUCGCGGCCAUUGUAUCAUGUCCUUCACAACGUCUAUCGUAGAAUGUCUUCGAGAAUGAUCGUGCACUGUUGUAUGUUAUACUGCUCAUCAUGAAAUCUUGUGUGCUACUUCAUGCAUUAAUGACAGGCUGCAGAUCAUAAUCGUGUUGACUGAUGGAAUAGCUCAUAUAAAUUUUAGGUUGUAUGACUUCUUCGCAAGUUUUACCAAGUCGUUUUACCCAUUUGCCUUGUACAGCUUGUACAACAUAAUAGAAUUAAUAAACAUUGUAUAUACAUAAACA